UGUGUCUGCUGAAUCUUGCGAGAAUCUCUUGCAGACAGUAGCUUGCGUCUCUUUCAGGCCUUAUUUAGUUCCAGGUCUUGCGAUAGAUGACCAAACCCCAAUAGGCCCGUCCUUUUCUUGUUUUAGGAUUCUACUGUACCGCAUUACUAUGGCGACCCUACGAUACAGGUCCUCCACGCAUCCACGCACUUCAUCCAUUGGACCCAUUUCCCGACUCGGUCAGUUUCUCCUGUUCGUGAUAUUUUUCUUCCUGACUGGUGCGCUCCGGGCCGACCAUGACCGUCAGAUUUCCCUAUCCGAAGCAGCAACCUACGCACGAGAUUCGUCGAAAGCAGGUCGCCCGAGCAUCAAUAGCUUCGCUUUCUCCGGCUCUGCUUCCGCGACUUUCGCCGCGAAGGCUGGGAUGGAUUCGCGAAGGGAUUCGCGAACGGAAGCUUCGCUGCACAUACGACAGUCCUCACCGCCACCGCCAUUGCAGCCAAUUGGAGGCGCCCAUUCCCCGGAUCCCUCCUUAGACCCGAAAACACCGCAUAGCACCGACGCCAGUCCGAGAGACUCAUUUACCGUAGAUACCGGUCUAAGAGACAAAAAGCCGCGGCGAUCGAAGGGGAGAUUAAAAGGCCGGCAGAAACCCGCAGCACCCGCAGCUGGUGAUAAUACCGGGGGGCCUUCGGCGAGGCUAAGUGAUUCUAGCCACCCUAGGCAAAGCGAUCCUAGCUAUCCUAGGCUAGGGGACAUCAGCCUGCCGCCGAACGCGCCGGAAGGUGCGCUGGCGAUGUUCGAAGCGGAUUUAAAUACGCCGUCGCUUUGGGAGCUCCCAGGAGGGGUUAGGACGUUCCCUACGCUGCUGUCGUGGGGUGCUCGGUACGCGUGCACGACCACGCCGCACACGCUGUGGAUUAUCAACCUGUCGCAUCAUAGGGAGCUGGUUAUCGAAUCCGCUACAAGCAGCUCGUUCGAUUUCUAUAUGGCGAGCUACAUGGCGAGUUUCGACGAGUUCGUUAUCCAGCCGCGAUCGGCUAGUUUCAUCAGCCUUUUUUUCCUGCCCCGGGCACUUGGAACCAUCGACGGGAAUCUGACGGUCGAGACUAGCGCAGGACCGAUCGUAGUUCCGCUGUUCGGUUACGGCCUCCCAUCCCCGUUUAGUUUGGAACCGAGAACGAGUUUAAGAACGUUGCCCGGGCAGCGGAUCAUACACCCUGUUUGGAUGCAGAAUACAAUGCCAUGGCCCGUUACAAUCACCGACGUGCAGACGAAAGUGGAUGUGUUCAUAGCGGGGGAGGACGGCCCAAUGGAGCUCCCGCCCGGUUCUAGAAGCGAGGUGAAAAUAACGGUGGGAGGGGUGGAGCUGGGAAUGGAAGAUGACACGUGGUCGUACCUACGUGACGCUAUAGGGAGUGAUAUUAUAGUGAAGCCAGGAGGAACGGAGGAGGUGUUGGUGAUUGAAGCGGUUCAUGGGGACGUGGGGCGGCUUUCGCUAAGUAUCUUUCUUAAAGUCGAGGCGCAUGCGGAUUGCGACUGCGAGUAUCUCCUGCUGCCGAUCGACCUGACGACGUCGCCAGGUGGCGUCGUGUCAAUGGCGGAUGAGAUCGACUUCGGCACGCUGACGUCAGCGCGGGACACGGUGAUCCGCCACGUGGAGCUGGGGAACGUGGGCAGCAGCAUGGCGGCUGUAGACGACGUUCGGCUCGCGGUCAAGGACGAAUAUUUGCAGGCUGCCCGGUUUCGCAAAGGGCAGCAGCUGCCGCCCGGGAAGGUUGUGCAAGUUGCAGAGCUUAAGUAUGCUGGGUAUGGGUGGUCUCCCCCGGGUGGUUUAAGCGGGAAAUCUGGGGGAGUGGGCGGAGGGGAGGAAGGAGGAAGAGGAGGAGGAGGAGGAGGAGGAGGAGGAGGAGGAGGAGGGGGAGGGGGAGGAGGGGGAGGAGGGGGAGGACAGGAGGACGAGGGUUUUACCCGGAGGGGACGGAUAGUGGUGCAGGCAACGCAGUCAACAAGCCCGUUUCUUGUAGAGGUGCCGUUUAAAGCGCGGAUAGUCCUUGGCAGCGUGACAGUCGAGCCUGUUGAGAAUACAGUCUUUCUCUUCGCAGCAGCCCCCAGAAAAGAGAACCAGCAAGGGGCGGCAGGAGUGGGGCAAAAGACGGAAAUUAGCUCCUCAGGGCAGGCGAAAGACUCUUCGGGGCAGGGAAAAGAAUAUGCCGGGCAGCUCGGGGGAGAAAACAUCGGGUUUGUCCGGUCCGCGGUGACCAAGGAGAUGGUCCUGCGAAAUAAAUUCCCCUGCCCGGUGCUGGUUUACGAUGCGUUUUUUUCGCACGAUUGUAUUCAAGCCGAGGAUUUCCGUUCCUCGCUGAUUAGCCCCGGGGGAACCAGCAAACCGUUCUCUCUGCAGCUGAACUCAGAGAAACUGCCUCUCUCCCUCACUAUAGUGAACUUCACUAUAGCGACGAACGUGAGUGACGUGGUUGUGCCCCUGCACGUGCUGCCUGGUCUGUUGGAGUUGGACGUUCCGUCAGCGGCGGCAGCAGUUCUGGCAACAGCAUCAGGAGCAGCAUCAGGUGCCUCAGUGAUAAAACCAGAAGUAACGGCAGCAGGAGCAGCAGCAGGAGCAGCACCAGCAUCAGUAGCAGUUGCAGCGGUUGCUGCCGAUGGCAGCAGGAGUGGUUCCGGCCCCACCAUCCACGAGGAGGAGGGGGGGGGGAAGAACGGGAGUGAUAGCACAAAGUUUCGUGGUGGGAAAGAUGCAGGCGUGCAGUCUGAAGGUCGGUAUGAGGAGUGGGAGGAGGAGGAGCAGCAGCAGCAGCAGCAACAGCGGGAGCAGCAGCAGGAGGGGAACAGUCACGGGGUUUUGGACUUUGGGUUGAUUCUCCCCGGUUCCAGAAGAAAUAUCUCCUUUCACUUGGCUAAUCCAGGCCCCUUCCCGAUCGCCAUCAUGUCAGCCUCGUUCUCCUCCCGCCACGUCACCGUCCACGUCAGCAACGUUAUCCACAUGGAGGAACGGGAAGCAAGGCGCGCCCCUGUGCCUGUCUCGCUGUCGUCCGCCCUCCCCUCGUCCCAGCAUCACGUGUUCCAUCUCCCGGUUAGGUUACACCUGCACGCACGUGCUAGGUCAUCUCUUGAGGGGAGAUUAGGUGCGGGUAAAAAUGGGACGGCGGGAGGGGCGGAUGCAGCAGGAGCGGCAGGAGGGGCAGGAGGGGGGUCAGGAGGAGGGUCAGGAGGAGGAGAAGCGGGAGUGAGGAACAAUGGCAGGCGUAACGGUAACGCUGGCGUCGGUAACACCAGCAACAGUAAGAGCGACAGUGGGAGUACAGUCAAUGCUGGCCUUGCGAAGCCAUCGUUGGUUCUUAAAACCCCUCUUGCGGACCAAGAAAUGGUUUUAGAAUGCGAGAAUUGCGGGCUGUUCACCAUACCAGAGUAUCACACUGCAGAAGUGACUGUAGACGUUGCUCCUGUAACGGAAGGAGCAGGCUCGGAGUUGCUAGUGCUUGAAACGAAGCAUCAAGUGGUGAGGGUUGAUAUCAAAUUCGCGUCGUUUCGAGGCGAGGUUGCAGUUUCGCCGAAGCUUCCGCUUGUGUUCUCAUCGCUGUUUCCAGGAAAGACACAUCGGAUAAAGCUCACAGCGAACAGCAGCUUUCCCCAUCCGCUUGCCGUGACCGGAAUUAGGGUUUCCGAUUCUAGGGUAUCAGCGGAACUUAAAGCUACAGUGCUGGAGCCGUCUAGUGAGACUGAGUUGGGUGAUCUGGUGUUUUCAAUGCCCUUGAGCCAGACCUUUGUGACUGCAAGCGGGGGUGCUCAUAACAGGAGUGAGAGGUGGGGGCGAAUGUUGGGGAGACUGCAAGGCGGUGCCAGCAGCCUGGGAUGUGACACUAACGAGGGGAAGGAUCCGUGGGGGGAAGCUGUGACUGUAGAGGAGCGAGAAACGGCGCAGGAGAGGCUGGACGAGUGGACGCGAGUGGUCCGAGCAGGCGAAAAUGUGAUUGUAUCCUCCUUGGUUCUUGAAACGGAGGUGACUGUAUCGGAGCCUGCAGAGGUGAAGGGGGUGCUGGCUAAGCCUCGGGUGGUCAGGGAAGCUUCGGCGAGCUUGCAGUAUGGACGGGUGCAGGUGGGAACUGCAGCGGGGGAGGUGGUUCUGGUGCAUAACCCGAGUGAUUACCCGGUGCGGGUGCGGCUGGUGAUGGAUGGUUCGUCGGAAGUUACGGAUUGUGGGAAGGGGAAUGGUGGGAAUGGCAGUGGCCGUGACAGCAGCACGGGGAAACGUGUUGGCAGUAGUGGUGAUGGCGCUAGUGGCAGCAGCGGCCAGAGCGGUAGUAGCAGUAGCAGCAGCGGCGGCGGCAGCGGCAGCGGCGGCAGCAGCGCUAGUGGUUGCGCUGGGGUGGAGGCAAAGGGCCCGCCGUUCUGCCCAGCACCGAACCCACAAUCCCCUCCGCCCUCCCCUCUCCUCCCAUCCCGCUGGCUAGCCGCUGCCGGCAUGCCUCCCUGGACCCUCCACUGGGCGUCUCAGUUAGGGGUUCCCUGGCUCCGUCUAGGCGUCAGCAGGGAGGGAGAGCAGAGCAGGGCAGCCUUUUCCUUGGCGCGUGAGGCUGUUGUAGAUCUGAUUCUCCCUCCUGGAGGGGAGGGGCGGCUGGGGCCGGUGGUUUUCCGGCCGGGAGCAAUCAGGUGUGUUGUGAACGGAUCAGUCUAUGUGCGAAACAACCUGACUCUGCUGGAAGAGGUGAGGAUGGUGGGGGACGGAGGAACCGGGUUGCUCCACGUGACUGGGAGCCGAGGGGCGGAGAUGCUACUGAUGGUGAAUGUGACUGAGGAGCAUGUGCUUGUGAAGGAGCGUCGGGGGAGGAGGCUGUGGAGAGUAGUGUAGGGAGGGUGAAGUGGCCGGUUGUGGCCGAGCGGAGGUUUAAGCUGGUCAACCGGGGUAGUUUACCCUUGAAAAUUGCGAGCAUGAGCCUGCAUGCGAGCAGGAGCAAGGUCGUGUGUUCCCUUCGCGGGUUCUCGAUUCACCCAUGCGAACCGUUCUCCAUCGCUCCCGGCCAAUCCACACCCCUUCUCCUCUCUUUCACACCUGAUCUCACAUCCACGGUCGUCCGAGCCGUCCUCCAUAUAGAGUCAUCCGCUGGACCGUACGAGCUGCCGAUCCGAGGGUACAUUCCGCGGAAUCUCGCUAUGGUUGCGAUAGAAGCGGAGCCAAGGCACCCCCUGGAUUCCGUGAUGAAAGCCGUAGUGGCGUCGAUGCUAGUGGCCAUGUUUGGGCUGCUGGUGCGAGCCACGGUGUCACAGCUAACGCUGUUCCCCUCCCCGUGGUUCCCUGGGUUCUCUGCUGCUGCUGCGGCUGCGCUGACUAGGAGGCUACAGAAGAAGCAGAACGCGCUUUUGCUGGCGAAUCAGCUCCAUAGCUCUGCU